AUGAUUCUCCCAAUCAAGCGACUCGGCCUGCUCGCUGCCCUGUUGGGGCUCUAUCUCGCUUCCCUGGGCGCCGUCGAUGCCGUCGAAAUACCCUCUGACGCUUCUCUUCCUUCCUUGAUUGCGUCUGGGAAGGCUGCACGUGCUCGAGGAGCCAACAUUGAGGCUCUCGCAUAUUUCGAUGCGGCCGCCUCCAAAGACCCCUCCAAUUACCUCACAUUCUUCCAGCGAGGAAUCACCUAUUUGUCUCUGGGGAGGAAUGCACAGGCCUGCGCAGAUUUCGACAAAGUGUUAAAGAUAAAGCCUCGGUUUGAAGGGGCGUUGUUGCAGAGAGCGAAGAUCAGGACGAAGAAUGCAGACUGGGCUGCUGCCCGGGAAGAUUAUAUCGCCUUGGGGGAUCGAGCAGUGGCGGAUUUGGCCCAGCUUGAAGAGGCAGAGGGCGCGGCCUAUUUUGCAGUCGAAGCUGAGAAGAAGCAAGAUUGGGAUGCAUGCAUCAAUCAAGCAGGUAUUGCCAUCAUGACAGCAGGUACGGCUCUGUCACUGCGACAACUACGUGCGAGAUGUCGAUUUGAGCGUGGUGAGGUGCAAGAGGGCAUUAGCGAUCUCCAACAUGUCCUCCAGAUCCAUCCGGGCUUAGUGGAACCACACCUACAAAUUUCGGCCAUGUUAUUCUACAGUUUGGGGGAUACAAAACUAGGCAUGGACCAGAUCAAAAAGUGCUUACAUUCUGAUCCGGACUCGAAGCCCUGCAAGUCACUUUUCAGGGAGGAGAAGAAUAUUUUCAAGCAAGUCGACCAGGUUCAGACUCUCUUCGACAAAAGACAAUUCAACUCCGGGAGCAAGCUGCUGGUUGGCAAGGGCACCGACGACGACCCAGGGCUUCUCUCGCAACUCAAGUCCCACAUCGAGGCUCAUCGUGCAAAGGGAAUUAUCCACCCCAAAGCACCUUCGAAUCUCUACACGAAGAUGUUGGAGAAGACCUGUGAAACGUUCAUGUCGAUGAAUAACCCGAACAAGGCCGGCAAGUUCUGUUCCGAACUGCUCACCUUGAGUCCCAACUCGCUUCACGCGCUCCUAUACCAAGCCCAGAAACAAAUCGACGCCGAAAAUUUCGACGCUGCAAUCUCGACGCUCAACACCGCUCGGGACAAUCACCCGGACGCUCAGGGCACUAUCAAUUCCAAAUUGCACGAGGCGCAGGUCGCGUUGAAGCGGAGUAAAAGCAAGGACUAUUACAAGGUCCUAGGUGUCUCUCGUGAUGCUGACGAAGCGACAAUCAAGAAGGCUUAUCGUACAGCGACCAAGACCUACCACCCGGAUAAGGCGGCGGCGAGAGGGAUAUCCAAAGAGGAAGCGGAGAAGAAGAUGACAUCGAUCAAUGAAGCCUAUGAAGUCCUCAGUGACCCCGAACUGAAGGCCAAAUUCGACAAUGGAGAGGACCCCAAUGACCCUAUGGCCAACCAGGGUGGCCACCCCUUCCAGGGUAGCCCGUUUGGCGCAGGAGGCCAGCAGUUUUUCUUCCAACAGGGGUUCCCCGGCGGUGGUGGACAGAGGCAGUUCAAGUUCUCAACCGGUGGCGGAGGUUUCGCUGGAGGGAAUCCCUUUGCAGGAUUCCCAGGUUUCGGAUAG